UAGUAGUAAAACCUAAACGCAAUCCUAACCGUCCAAUUUAGGUGUUGUAUGAGUCGUAGCCUACUUUAAAAAGCAGCACAAACCCUAAUUUGUGCCUCCGUCACUUUUCUCAGCUGCUGUUCCUGCGCGUGAACAAGCCUCAGGUAAGCCAAAGCCAUGGUUAAGCAUAACAAUGUUAUCCCCAAUGGACACUUCCGUAAGCACUGGCAGAACUAUGUGAAGACCUGGUUCAAUCAGCCAGCACGGAAGACAAGAAGACGGUUGGCUCGUCAGAAGAAAGCUGUGAAGAUUUUCCCCAGACCUACAGCUGGACCUCUUAGACCCAUUGUACAUGGUCAAACUUUGAAAUACAACAUGAAAGUGAGAGCUGGAAGGGGAUUUUCCCUUGAAGAACUCAAGGCAGCAGGGAUUCCCAAAAAGCUUGCACCAACAAUUGGUAUUGCUGUUGAUCAUCGCCGCAAGAACCGUUCUUUGGAAAGUCUGCAAGCUAAUGUGCAGAGGCUGAAAACAUACAAGGCCAAAUUGGUUGUGUUCCCAAGACGGGCACAGAAGGUUAAGGCUGGUGAUUCUACUCCCGAGGAGCUUGCAAAUGCAACGCAAGUCCAGGGUUCUUUCUUGCCUAUUGUGAGGGAGAAGCCAACUGUUGAACUUGUAAAGGUUACAGAUGACAUGAAGGCUUUUAAAGCUUAUUACAAGCUUCGACUUGAACGCACAAACAAACGCCAUUAUGGUGCCAGACUGAAGAAGGCUGCCGAAGCUGAGAAGGAAGACAAAAAGUGAUGACCUUAGAAGUCUCUCGUUUGUAGUCCAUCCAUAUAAUAGUUGUUGCAAGACAAUUUUUGCACGAGAUUGAUUAGCUCUAUUCAGAACAUGUUCAGUCUAAAACAUGGAUAUUUUCACCCAUUUUUAUUGUGAACUUUUAUUCAAGUUUGUUGGUUUAACUAGCAUUUUGUUUUGUCUGGAUUAAUUUGGCAGUAUUGUAUUGAUUUUGUUCAGAGGCUGUUUUCUAA